GUGAAAACUCACAGCGGCAACUGUAAUCUGAAGUUUCUUUCAUUCGAUAUUUCCACCGAUCUGCUCUUGAAAAGCGUAGUUGUGGUGAUGAGGAACUACCUCAUACUGCUUUUGGUUUUCUUCCCUUACUAUCUUUGCUUGGAUGCUCUAGGACCCGAUGAAGAUCCGUACAAGAUUUUGGGUGUAACUCGCUCUGCAAGCCAGGCAGACAUAAAAAGAGCUUACAAGAAAAUGGCGAGGAAUUGGCACCCAGACAAGAAUAACGAUCCCUCAGCACAAGAAAUGUUUAUCAAAAUCAAUGAGGCUAAUGAGAUUUUGUCAGAUGAAGAAAAGAAAAGGAAUUUUGAUAUGUUUGGAACCACCUCACAGCCAGGCAAUGGUGGACCACAAGGAAAACCAUUUUAUGAUCCGCACAGUGGGUUUAGCUUCUUCUUCAAUGGAAUGCCUUUUCAAAAUUCUUGGUCCAAACCAGGACAAAUUAAUUACAGAUUUUACUACAAGACAGUCCUACCAGAGAGUUACGAGAAGCCUUACUUGAUUGAAAUUAUCUCAGACUGGUGUUUUGCUUGUGCACAAAUUGAGGAGAUAUGGGAAGAAGCAUCCAAUAAAAUAAAGAAAGUUGGUGUGGGAAUUGGCAUAAUCAAUGUCAAUAGGAGUCCGCGUUUGGCAGAUGCAUUGGGCGUAGGAAGAGUGCCCUCGAUCAUUGGUGUCAUCAAUGGAAGAGUUGCGUUCUACAAUGAAAUAGUUACUGUGCAGGGUUUGAAGGAUUUUGUACUGGAGUUAUUUCCACGUGGCUUAAUUGAAAAGGUUACAGCCAGUAAUCUUGAUUCUUUUUUGACGACAAGCAUCAGCAACAAACCAAGUGUGAUUCUAUUUUCCCCCAAACCUAAUCCUUCACUCCUUUAUCAUCUGGUGGCUUUCAGCAACUGCAAACAACAGUCAUUUGGCUUUGUAUCGUUGACUGACAGCUCUUCAGAACCUCUCAGGAAACGCUUUAGAGUAAACUCUAAGGAACCAACAGUGUUGAUCUUUAAGGAUGAUGUGGCUGUGCCAGAUGUGGUUGUCAUGGCAUCUGAGCUCACGCAUGGAAAACUUCGUGAAGUAGUUGAAUCUCACAAAUAUCUUCGCCUUCCAAGACUGUCUUCAAGGUCUUUAUUUGAUGAACUUUGUCCUGAGGAGAGGUUUAGAUCCCAGCGAAGGCUGUGUGUCGUUCUGUUUACUAAACAAGGCCAAAAUGACAAAGAGAAGCUUGCUCUGAGGUUGUUUGCAACAGAUAAAAAAUACCUCUCUGAGAGGCGGUUGAAAUUUUUGUAUAUUUACGAAGAUGUGCAGAGAGAUCUAGUGGAAGAGUUCAAAGAUGGGGUGAAGGCUGAUAGUUGCGCAGAGAAUAAAACAGCAUCAAAGGUCAUAGUUCUCUGGAACAAAGGUCAAAAGCAAGUCAGAUACGACUGGCUUCCAGGGGGGUGGUGUGUGAAUGAGUCAGAAGAGCCGCUGACCAAGGCUCGGCUGUCUGUCAUGCUGGAAGAUCUACUGUCUGGAGAGGGCAAGUUGCGACAUACUUCAAGUAUUCCACGGAUCUACAAUGAGCAUGCGCCAGGACUCCUGUCUUUGUUGUUCAGCUGGUGUUCAGAUGCCUAUUACUUCGUGAAAUCGUCUUUGUAUCGGAGAGAAACUGUUUCCUUGUUUUCCUUGUUGUGUGGAUUGGGAGUCGUUCUGGUUUUCAGUGUUUUACUUCCCAGUGCGAAUGAGCCAAUAAAUAGGGUGUACAAAGGGUCCUCUCAGAAGAACCAGAGACCCCCAGAAAGCGAGUCAGUCUUGGGCCUCCUUCGUUUGGACCACAGCACCGAAAAGACCCUAAUCAGGGAUGCCCCUCGGGGCCAAAUCACGUUUACUCUGCUGGUUGAUGCUACCACUGCACGAGAGGUAGUAAAGCUGCCUCUAAUUCAAGCGUUUGCCGAUGUGAUUUAUCCUCACAGCGGAAACCCAAAUUUUAGAUUCACCUGGCUUUCAAUAACUGACAACCUUGCGUGGUGUGCCGAGAUUCUGGAUGUGGACAAGUUUGGUGAAGUGACUCCUGGAAUUGUUCUCGCCUUAAACGGCUACAAGAAAUAUUUGUCUGUCUUCAAACCGUCUGACCUGUCUGAGGGAGCCUUCUUCAAGAGGCAAGGAGGAGACUUAAUGGGAUUUGAUGAUAGUGAUAGCGAUACGGAUGCUAACGAAGAUGGAAUGACGGAAUACGAGAGAAAACGGCAAAAAGUUCUAAGUAGAUCGAUUCGAACACAGUUAGUACAUUGGUUAGAGAGAUUUUGCGACGGAAUGGUGGACAGAAAACGAGUCGUCGAAUGGCCGAGAUUUACCGACUAGGG